UCACCACACAGACACACACACACUCUCUCUCUCUCACAACUACGUCCCACCACUAGUCAUGAAGACACUGAUCGUUCUUCUGUUGGUUGCCUUCGUGGCAGCAGAGCAGAAACGUGAGGCUGGACACUACCGUGGUCUCCACGGUUACAGCCGUGGGUAUUCAAGUCGUCCUCAUUACAUGUAUGGGGUCAAGCCAGCGUAUAGUGUCAGUAUCGAUUAUCCGGUCUAUGCCUAUCGUGUCAAGUCUGUCUCCCCGUACGGCGCCAACUCCUACCACCCUAUUCAUAAGCGUGAAGCAGAGCCCAGUUACGGCCUCGGUCACCAGCUAGUGCACGGCCUUGGCUACUAUGGGCGAGGAGCUGCUUACGGCUACCAGACCUCCGUGUACCACCCUGGCUAUGGUCACUCCCACCAGUACAACCGUGGUGUUGUCUCACCUGGCUCUUUCAACUACUAGAUCCUCAUUUUACUGCCAUUAUCUGACUUGUUUAAACGGUACUAUUUUUUGUUUUAAUAUUUCCUUCACAACAACACAUUUUUUUUUACUCCUGAGAAAUUUUAAGUUUGUAAAUAGAAAAGAAAUUCUAAAUGAAAACUAUUUAUCCAUAGCACAAUGGAAUUUUGGCUUUGUUGAUAUUAUGUUACCAAGUCAACCUGCCAUUGACGAUGAUACUUGAAUUUCGAAUAAAGGAAUUUUGUAUUAUA